AUGUUAAAGAAAUGCGUGGGUGAUCCUUUCUUGGUGGUGCCUAUUAAAAAUAUCACUAUCUCGAGUUCCUUGUCAUUUGAGCUGAUUGGAAAUCUAAAAACGCAUGAGCUCAAGACGCAACAAGAGCUAGAGAAGAAAGAUUUCAAAAGGGAAAAAUAUCUGGCAUUAAAGGCUUCAAAGCAUGACUCAAGUGAAGAAGAGAGUGAUAUUGCCUAUUUGGCAAGCAGAAUUGUUAAAUCAAUGAAAAAGAGUGGCCAUGUCCAAAGAAGAAGAAGCAACAAUAAUAAGGGAAGCAAUGUCGAUGUGUGUCACAAGUGUGAAAGUCCUGAACAUUUUAUAAAUGACUGUCCAAUUCACAAGAUGGUUCAUCAGGAUUACCUUAAGGCUGAGAGUGACAAAGGAAAUAUCAGGGACCAGAUUCCUGAUAAUUCAUAA